CUCCCAUGGAAAGGCCCGGAGAACGACAAAACUUUGUGAAAAGAGAGACGUUCACGCUAUUCCUAGAAUCCUAGGUAGCAUCAACAGGCGCAAUUUCAGAUAUAUAUACACAUAUAAUUGCAACAGCAAUAGCAAGAAUCAUUAAUCACUGAAAGCAGUGAUGGCAGAUGGAAACUGAUGUAGUAAGUUGGUGAGAAACCGUGACAGAUAACGCCAUGGAUAUGGACACCACAGCAGAUGAUACUCAGGCGGGAGGUGACGGCGAGGCAGUUGCAGCAGGUGGUGAGCCGGCCGAUGUUCACAGAUCUGUCACUACGACGACCACGGAACAAACUCACAAGUUUGAGUCAACUAUACCAAUUGAUCGCCCACUGAAGAGGUAUGCAUGGUUCCGCCAUAAAGGCAAAGAAGAGCCUGCCAUUAAAGGAAGGGGGGAGGUUUCUCUGAUACUGUCAUCACUGAAGCCUGGUCCACAUGUCAGAGCAAAAGCAGAUUUUUUAGACAGCUAUCUCCGGGCAGAGUGUGUGGUGGACAGCAGAAGCUCGUCCUCAGAACCAGUAACUCGUGUCUGCUAUAAAUACGAGCGCAAAUUCCCCAAGGAUGCUGAAAUAACAAAUAUUACAUGCGAGGUGAAAAAGGGUCAAAUGAAUAUCUACUUUGACAAGCUUACAGACUUUAGUCUACAAUCCAUAUGGAUUCAGCCUCCUUAAGAGCUGUUCAUAACACUUUCUCACAAGUUCAACAGUAACCAAUGUCAAUUAGCUAAAACCCAAAUUAUGUAUCCUGUUUCACAAUUAUCGAAUUUGAAUACCGACCACUUACAAUCAAAAUGCAAGGGAAUUUUUUAGGUCUUAUUUGCAAUUGAAAUUUGCUUUUAAGUUUGGGUAGGACGAGUAAUUUCACAGUGGUCAACUGUAGCACGUCAGGGAUUUUCUUAGGACCGAGUUGUGUUUAUAAUUCAUAGGUAACAUUUGGCAGAAUGCUAGUGGUGGCUUGUGUAGAAACACGGUUCUCUGUAUUAGUCUUCUACAUCAGAUUAACAGUCCACCAGGGCCCGUGCUUUAACGUAACGUAAUGCUAUUUGAAUGGCGUUGCCAUGACGUUAAAGUCUGGACUUUUAUUAAAGUCUAGACUUUUAAGGUUUAUAAGCACGGGGCCUGCUGUUCAGCAUCCGGUGUAAUUUUAUGUGUAUCAUAAUCAAUACCUGUUUUAUUGCUGUAUAUUAAUACAAAAGGUUACAUUAGUUUGAAACCCAGUGUAUGCCAGCACAUUUUCUUAACUACAGUUAUUUGGCUUCCAAUUUUUGUGGAAGGCUUGGUUGGCUGAGUGGUUACGGUUGAGUGCUGUUAAAUGCCAUUGAAUCGGUGCAGUAGGUUCGAAGCCGACCAGUUGAUACUGUGUUUUUAAAUAUCACACACAGCUGAUUGUGUCUCCAAACCCGGUUUUAAAUAUCGGUGGUAGCCUUGCUUAAUAAGUAGAAUUAUCGUGGAGUAGUCAAUAGUCGUGCACCACACAACGUAUUGAUCCUUGAUGUCACAUUUAUUAACAGAUAAAGAAAUAACACUUCCCGAUUCAUUGAUAGCACUACAUGCAUUUCAAAAUUGACAUUUCAAUAAGUAAUGAUUUAUUUCUUUUUUCAUCAAUAAGAAAGGCAUUUUUUAAAAUUCCAUUUAAAUGGGAAUUGCUGAACAAUAACAAGUAUGAAGUGUGCAACUGUUAGUUGCGUUGUGUAGAGAAUGCUAGAAGUGGGAUUUAUUUAUAAACCUGUUUGCGUUGUGUAGAGAAUGCGAGAAGUGAGAUUUAUUUAUAAACCUGUUUGACUAAUAAAAAAUAGUGUGCUAUGAACAGCACUGGACCAAUCAGUUAACUAAAUAAUAUUUAUUUUAUUACAUUUCUGUUACACAUGUUUACUUUACUGUUUGUUGUUAGGUGUGCGACUGUUAUUUACUCCAGGAUAAAUCUAUUAAAUAUCACCUCAGUGUCAUUUGUCAAAGAUAUUUUGUCACCACAGACUAGGAUUGGGGACAAAGUACUUGUUAGUCAGAAUCCUGAUGCUCAUCAUUAUGGUACUAACAUGAAUUAAAGUGAAAACAUUUCUUCUCCAAUGGUUCUUGUUUGUGUUCCGAGUUACAUCAUUCUCCUGAAUGUUUCCUUCGAGUAAUAAGAGCCAAUAUAUUGUUAAUAAAGACAUUGUGUUUGCUGCCAUUGUAAGACAUUUUAAUGACUACAGUUAGACUUUAGAAUAUCAGUAUGUUUACAUCCAAUGUGUUUCUGAUCAUCUUAACAUUUAUAAGAGCUCUAAGUGCAUUUUGCAUCACAAUAUAUAUUUAUUCAUAUGUAUGAAACUAUUGGGAGGCGAAAUCCAGGUUUUGUGCUACUAGGACAUUGGGACCACAAUAAACUUCUUGUAUAUAGAUACUGAUAUUUUAAGCAAAAAAAUUGUAUUUAAAGUACUAAUUAAAAUUAUACCCAGGUGAUUUUCCAGUCUUAUAUAUUAGUUAUAAAAAUCCCUGAAAUAAAAACCAUAAAAAUGUGUCAGUAUUAUCAUGACCUGUUAUGGUAUUCAAACAACCGGUGCAAAAAAUGACAAUAAAUUACCUGUUAUAGUCAUUUAUUAUCAUUUUUUGUACCGGUUAUUUGAACAUCAAUAUAUGCACACUGAAAAGUUAGCAAUCACUUGGCUUCCUGGUUUUAAUGGUUCAUCUCAUUGUAGUGCAAUACAUUUGUAUGUCAUUUAUCAUGCUCAAUGUAAACUUCGUCAUGCUUUUUAAGACAUGUCAAUGUUGUUUAUCAUUCAAAUGUCGGUUGCAUAUUUGUAUUAUGUAAUCAUCUAUUUUUUUAUAAAUCAAUUUUGUGUUCCUUUUUAUAUAAAUAAAUCUUUUUGUAAUGAA